AUGACAGCGUCGCCUUUUGCGGCAGAUGACUGCUGCUCCAACGAGUCACCUUAUUUCACCGACGCUCAACCACCUGCAUCAGAACCGAUUCAUGACUCGCACGUCGCUUCUCGGCCACCCACGCAUCAGCCGGCCCAAACUCGAGCUUCCGAACGGUGUCAAACUGCCGAAAUGUUCCUAUUCGUUCCGUGGCCGAUGCCUGGCCUUGUCCAACAAGUCGCAAGUCACAAUCGUCAUUUUCUGUAUGGCUGGCAAACGUACACUAGCGGCGCAGUCAUCGCUGGAGCAUUCCAAGCACCCACACUUGCGGAUGCUCGCAGCGUACUAAGCACGAUGAGUCGCGGAUCGAUUCAAGGCCCUCGGGUACUAGGAACGAUCUCUUACAGCGCCGCGGAGUCCGAUUUCGAUGCAUCGCUCGGGAACCAGAAAGGUGGUGACUCGCUCCCAGAGCAGGACCUGGUGCGCCUGGUCGUUGACACGUCAGUUCAGCCGGUGUCUCCCACCACCUGUGCUUCCAACCCCCAUGCCGUCGUCAUUAUGUUUUCACCCCCGUCAAGGCGGCGCUACCAGUAUUUUGCCCUCGACUCCUCGCAAUCAGCUUCAAGCUUUUCUGCGGCUACUUCUGCGGCCCCGUGUGCUCGAUCCAAAGUGGAGUCCUCGGCGGCUGACUCGGAGAAAGCAUCCGGCGAGCCCAAGACAAGCGCAUGUUCUCGCACAAAUGGGAAGUUACUCGCGCUCGCGGCCUCUGAUUUCACUUCAAGGGCGGAUCCGGUGUCCGUUAAUCUUGGUGAGGCCGUGGAGCAGGUACGUAUUGCGUUGACAGACUGCCCGCGAUAGCAGACACAGCUGCGGUAAAGCUGAUUCUCGCGGCCUUAUCAAAUCCCCAAAUUUUCCGAAUCCGUCCAGAUCAACGCUUCGAAUUGCUUCUCGCCAGUUGACCAGGAAUCGGUCGAGCACACGCCUGAAGGGGGAAUUGAGCCGACCGUUAUUGAAAAGACGUCGAUGGCAAGAGCUGCUCAGGUGCCGCGACGGAACAGCCACUGGUUGUCGUCGCGCUCGUUUCCCCUGUUCACGAGCGCUGAAGUUCAAGAGCUCUCGGCAACUGGUAAGUAGCAUAAAUUGACACUGCUGGCCGAAUACGCCAAAAAUUAAGAAUCACAUUUCGCUCGAUAUUCUCAGUUCAGCAAUUACGCUUGCGCAUGAGCCAAGGGUUCAUGCUGCCUUCUCAAUACAGGCUCAUCAGACACGCGAAGCGUAAUACCCGCGAGAGGGACGCGCACUCGCUGGUCUGCGGGAGAGUGCAUUAUAUCUCGUGUGUAUACAUCUGCGUCGCAUCUUCGAUCCCCGACACGGCAUUGACCCAAUUCAACAUCCCACAGAUGUUUCAACUUGUUGUGGCUUAUUGCCAAUGACGUGAUCGUGGGAAUCGCAAUCGCCUCGUUCGUCUGCGAAAACCAUGUAGUCAUCGGUCGCGGGCUCGGAGAGUUGCUUCGGGUCGGUCCGAAUAAUUCAAACUCAUCUCUGAGGGGCGUCGUCGCUCAUGAUCCGCCCACCACCGCACACAGAUGUCAAACUCGGCGUGGCUUAGCAAGUUGCUGAUGUGGCUCAACGAUUGGCCGGGAGGGAUCAAGCUUAACUACGAGCUGGCAUCAAUGUUCACCACCGCGUUCUUAUGGGCAAGCACGAAAUGGGACGGACAAAUCAUCGCACCUCUGACGACGGUUAUGCCCGAGCUUGUCUACCUCGUCGGGGCGUCGGCCUACGGCGGCACAACCCUAUUCCUGUCGGUGAUCUCGGAUGUCCUCUCGCUGCUCACGUUGCACUUGUUUGGUUUCUACAUCUUCGCCACGUCCCUAUUUCGGUGGCACAUUGCGCUCUUGCGCGCCGUGUUUAACAUCUUCCGAGGUGUGUCCAUGACCAAGGCAAUUUAUCCCGGGCUCUCCAGCUCACUGUCCGUACAUCUCCUGGCUUCAUUCUCUGGGAAUUAGGUAAACGGUACAAUACACUAAGGCAUCGCGUCGAACCAGCGGUGUAUGAAACCGAUCAGCUUCUUUUGGGAACCAUUCUCUUCAUGCUCGCCGCAUUCCUCUUUCCUACUGUUCUGGCCUUUUAUCUCGCAUUUGCGACGGUGAGAAAAUGCGCAUGCUAUGCCUACCACUGCCGAGGAGUAUCUGUGCUGAUGAAGGCUUGUCUGAUUCGACAGAUUCGAGUCAUUAUUAUCGCAUUUCACGCACUGGAUGAGUUCAUGUUGGCUUUUAUGAACGGUUUCCCCCAAUUCGUGCUGUUGCUCCUGCUCAAGGAUCCCGCUCGGCUGCCGGGUAAGUCUUGCUGGCCAUAUAGUGCGCAUGAAGCAUGGGCUCGCCACUCAUCACAAACCAACUCCUUGAAUACUCCCACGAAGGUGGAAUCCGAUUUAACCUUUUUCCGCCAAAUGGCCAGACGAAGUUGGGUCAAUCUCUGACGAUGGAACUAUUGGUCAGUAACGAGCGCAGCGCUGGUAACUUGGGGAUAUGUGAGGGCAGUUUCUCAAGCUGCGCAACACAUCUACCGUAGAAUCAACCGAUACCCGCUUCUCUCGUCCUGUCACAGCAGUAGGUCCUGGAUUAUUCAAAGGAGAAGCAUAUGUUGAAAAUGGGCUUCCUAUAACUAACUUACCAUUACCAUACACUCAAACACUCCCGAUCCCUCCCUGACUCACUCUGUCUACACGCGUUCACCUAUCGGUAGCUUGCACCUCUCGCUUCUUUUAGCAACUCAUUAUUCACCGAAGAAAUUUAUUUUGCAUCUGUUGCAAGGUGAGUCAUUGCGCCAUGGCGCACUUUACUUCCAAAAAUUUACUCCGCUGAUCGCCUCGGAUUGA